AUCAAAUUGACAUCGUGUAAACUAACACACCCAUCAAAACCAGCUUUUCGUCGCUUGGCUUACUAACGUUUCUUUGCAUCAUCAUCAGAAGAAAGUGUUUGAACCUGCGAAUAUGGCCAAAGGCAGUCAAGGCACCAAUCAGGAGCUCUCAGAUGUGCUGAACGAAAUGUGGAAGGUGGAUGUGAACCGCAUGAAACCUGGAAAAGACUAUAAAAUCAACCUACAAGGGAAGGCUGGAUUUGUAUCUGAGGGCAGUAACAGUGCCAGGGACAGCGCUAGAGCUCCUCUCUUCUCGUAUGUCAAUGAAAACAAGCUCAAAAGCAUUGAUACCUAUGCCUACUUCAUAAAUCUGCUGGACAAUUAUGAGAUGUCUACAGGAGUGGCUGAGCAGGUGACAAAAGAGGAGGUCAAGGAGAACAAUCUUUUCCUGGAUGCCAUUCUGAAGACAGAGAUAAUGAAGUGUGCCCACAGGUAUUUAGUACGCAAAGGUCGAGCCCAGUCGGAUCCGGCUCAGUUUAAGAGGCAACUCUAUGAUAUUUGGUUCAAGCUCUAUCGCAGAGACAAAAGUGGAGGUGAAGAUUCCUGUGGAUUUGAGCAUGUGUUUGUUGGUGAAACCAAGCAUGGCAAAGAGAUCAUGGGCCUCCAUAACUGGGUCCAGUUUUACCAUCAGGAGAAACACAAUCAUGUGGACUACAAAGGAUACAAGGCCAGAAAUAACAAGGACACGCCCGAUGAGGACGAUCACGUCUUAAACCUGCAGUUCAGCUGGAAUGGUCUAGUCAAGCCAGUGGGCAGCUGUUUCAUAGGCGUCAGCCCAGAGUUUGAGGUGGCUCUGUUUACCAUCGUCUUCCUUCUGUCUGAUGAGCGUAUGGCCAACGUUAAGGUUAAAGUGGAUGAGUACCUGCUGGAGAUUGUGGUGUACAGAUUUGGAAACGCCAUUGGGACAUCAUACCCCAAAAUGAUCAGCAGCAACAACCGGGAUCUCUAGGUCUCACUGAAAGGUGA